AGCCGAAGACCGAUCGUGCACCCAGCAGCAUGACUGUCACCCUGGUCGAGGACCCAGGCAUCAACGGGGGACCGGGCCCCGAUGAGCGCCCGCUCCAGCGCGGCAAGGGCCUCGAGGCGGCCGUGCACACGGCCACCAUCUUUGACCCCCAGCCAUCGAGUGCUGGACUGGCCUUCGGCACCAGCUCGGCGGUGCCCGGGCCGAAGCUGCGCUCGGCGCUGGCCGGCGCCCGCACCGCUCACACCCUGCGCGACCAGCAGCUCUUCCGGCAUUUCAUGGGCCGCUCGAAGAAGCUGGCUUCCGAAGAGGUGAUUGCCGGGCCCGGCAGCGCCAUGGUCUUUUCCAUGGUCUGGCGCACGCUCUACCUGAUCGCCAUCACCUGGGUGCUGGGGCUGCUGUGGAUCGGCCAGCCGUGGUUGGCGUUCGGCCCGCUGGCCGGGCUGUUCACCUAUCAGAUGAGCGUGCAGACCUUCCGCCGGCUCUUUCCCCGGCGCUUCCGCUUCCGGAACUACCAUUCCGGGCAUGAGCUACUCGAGCGAGCCAUCUCCAAGACCAUGACCACGCGCGACGGGUCGGUGGUCCGGUACUUUGUGAUCCCCGGCCGGCCCGGGUCCAAGAUCAUGGUCAUCGCGUCGGGGUUCGGAUGCGGCGGCAACUUCCCCGUCUGGGGGACCCCGAUCCUCAGCCAAUAUGGCGACCAGUUCACCUACAUCUACUGGCACUACCGCGGGCAAUUCAGCAGCGACUACAUGGACGGGCAGAACAAGAUUUCCAUCCGCUCCCAAACCGAAGACAUGGAGGACAUCCUGGCGCUGGAGAAGAUCACCCAUGUGGACGUGCUCUUUGGCCACAGCAUGGGCGGUGUCGUCGGCCUGGACUUCAUCCUGACCAACCCCACCAUGGUGUCGGCCAUGGUCAUGGUGAACGGUGGGUAUGGGCAGAUCCUGACGAGCCUGCUGCAGCCGCUCUUCCGUCUGCCGGUCAACCGGCUCCUCGGGUACUUUGCCCUGUGGGUCUGUGAGAACAUCAUGCUCCCCUUCGAGACCCGGAGUCUCCUGUCCACCAUCCUCAUCCAGAUGAGCACCGGCAUCCUGGCUCUGGUGAAGGUCAUCUAUGGGACGCUCUUCGGCCGGGAAUUCCAGGACUAUGUGCCCAUCAGCAUGGACAUCCACCCGCAGACAUCGGCCCGGGUCCUGCCGGCUGUCGAGGCUCCCGACGCGCCGGCCGGCAUGCGUGCUGUCGCAUACACCCCGGUCGACCAGUUCCUCAUCCACUACUGCGACCAGGCGGUUCGGUCCUCCUUUGCCUUCCUGACAUUCAUCCGGGGCAUCAUGGCGAUGGACAACUACUGCUGCAUUCACGAGCUCAACAAGAUCCAAACGCCGAUCCUCAUUGCCGGCGGUCUGUGGGACCCGCUCAUCCCCCUCUGGGUGUCGCUGGAGAUGGCCGAGCGCCUGCCCAACUGCGAGCUUGUGAUCGGCAUGUCCAGUGGCCAUGCCGUGCAUAUGGAGCAGCCGGAGCUUCUCUUUUCGUCCAUGGAGAGUUUCCUCAAGCGGGAACUGUCCCUGGACCUGGUGAGCGGGGCCGCCAGCGCUUGCCAGUCCGCGGCCCCGGGCGAGAAGGCUCCCCCCAGUGAGCCCCUGUCUACGUCGAUACCCUCGGCGCGCAAGCAACGUCGCUCCCACCAUUAGAUGUUGAUGCUUGUGUGCAUGCGUGAGCGGACGUGUCCGCGCGCGCGCGCGCCCGUGUGUUGUGUGUGUGCAUGGUUGCAUGCAUGUAUGUUUCUCUUUCUCUCUCUCUCUGUAUGUAUGUGUGUGUGUGUG